AUGGCCGAAGGAAGAAGGUUCAGCACGCCGAAAAGAAGACUCACGAUUGAAAAGGGUUCAUUUCAGGAUAAGAAGGAGAGGUACAAGGGUCAAAUAGAAGACCACGUUUUUAAUCAUUCGGUGAGUUACUCUGUCACCGUAACUAGCCAGCCAGCAAGUUAUGGCCCUUGUUUGUCUCCCAUGCUAGCGAGGCGUCCUACUUUUGUCCACGUGAUGCAGGCAGGGUUAUGGUAUGGUGCGUGCAACAUUUAUCAUGUGUAAAUCUAGAGCUCAAUGAAGUUAGUCAUAUGAGCUCUUAUUAUGCCGGGGCUGUGUGAAGAUAUGCGAAACAAAGUCGGUGUGGACUGACAUGUCGCCCUCCCCUCGAGCUCACUGCCCACUGCCCACUGCCCUGAACCUUAAAACGUUUCAUUUAUAUCCCGAGCGGGUUGGGGGAGGGGGGGGGGGAGGGGGGGGGGAUACUUCUGGGAAUUCUUGGUGGGGGUGUGCCGCCCGGUUCUCCAAAUCCUGACACUAUUUCAGACCAAAAAUAUUUCACUUUACAGACCUUGUUUCAGACCUUUUAUCAGGUGUAAAUCGAGGGCCUAGUGAGGUUAGUAAUAUGCGGUCUUAUUAGGGCGGGGCUGGGGGGAGAUAGGCGAAACAAAGGCGGUGGGGACUGACCUGCCGCCCUCCCCCCGAGCCCCCCGCCCCCUGCCCCCUGCCCUGAACCUUAAAACGUUUUAUUUAUAUCCGGGGGGGGUUGGGGGGGGGGGGGGGGAGGUGGGGGGUAUACUUCUGGGAAUUCUUCGUGGGGGUGUGCCGCCCGGUUCUCCAAAUCCUGACACUAUUUCAGACCAAAAAUAUGUCACUUUACAGACCUGUUUUCAGACCAAACCUCCAAAAUCCAUACCUGUUUUCAGACCUGUGUUAUGGGCUCCUGACCUGGCCUUUAGGUAAAAAUUACAUCAUCAUUACUUAGAUUCAGUGUGCAAACAAAAAAUUCUUCAAAUGAAUUUCAAACUCGCAUAUUUCUACUUCUUUCUUAUUCUUUUGGAAUUGAAACAAUAAGUACGUUCAUACACUCCCAUAGUACCCUUGAAAACCAUACCCGAUUCCAAACCAAAAUAGGCAAAGUAUAUACCUGUUUUCAGACCAAAACCAGACCCGGUGGGGCGGCUCAAACCUAUAUAGCUUGUAUAAGGGAGUACCCCCCCCCCCCCAGGAUUUUUAUGGACUCCAGGGCUCUCUUAAUGGAAUGUAGUAAGGCUGCAUCAGGUAUGGUUCCUGGGCAGAGGGACAAGUCUGAUAAAAAAAAACCAUUUUCUAUGGGGCACUGUAAGGGUUAAAUUCCAGAAAGUAACAUGACCCUAGCCCCUGAAAAAGCGACAGAUGAAAUGUUGACAAAUGACACAAAGAUGUUUUUGUUUAUGCCACUAAUUUUGAAACUGUGACAGCAAUGAGGACCAGCACAAAUGCAGUAGUAAAAUACUGACUUGAGCAUGGCUUCCUCCUCAAUGUAUAAAACAACAGGAUUUGAAAUUCAGACUGGGGACAUGCUAACCGGACCUCUUCCUCCCAAAGGGUCCUCUCAUGUGAAUCUUUGGGAACUGCAACCUCAUUCUCAGGGUUUGUCCCAGGGAACAAGUAGGAGGGAGUUGUGGAAAUGAGGUUCUGGGAACUGCUCCCAUGCAAAUUCCCACACAUGAUGAUACAGAGAAGCAACAAGAUUUUAAAAAGAAAAUGUAUACUGAAAGAACACAAAGGAGCUGAAACCAACAGUUCAAGAAACUCAAUGGAGGGUAGAUUGAAAAAAAUUCCAAAAUACUUAUAAGAGCAGAUGUCUUGCUGAAAGUGAAAAAAUUCUGUAGGCAGCAAGCUCUAAGAAUAAAAUCUAAACUUUUGUGGCAGUACUGAUACGGGCAUUUGAGAAUCACUCUCUUCUGGUGCAAUGGAUCAGUCCUCUAGCAUUGGCAUGAAGUCUUGAUACGCUUUCAGUUGAAUGGGAAUUCAUACUCCUGUGUAAAGUUAGGGAUGUAUUUUCCAGUAGGGUAUUCCAAACCUUUCCAGAAUAUAUGAAAAAAAUAUGGCAGCGCAUCUUUAAAAAUAUAACAUUUUUUAAUUGCAUCUAAGCAAUGUUGACUUGAUAUAAUUUUAUGCAGGUGCAGCUUGUCAUCCCAGACUGUUCCUUGGAUAGUGCUCUUCAGUGGUUUCAGGGUGUAACCCCAACCCAGGAUCUUUACUGUUUGACUGAGAUUCCUUUGUAUGCUUUCACAGAGGUGGAGUUUAUCAAAACAUUUAUAAAGAAAGGUAAUGAUACUGUUAGUUUAUUUUGACAAUAAUUAUUGCUAAUCCACUUUGUAUGGAAUGACAGCCUGGAUAUAUAGGGUUAUUUGUUUUUGUCUCUGAUGAGAAGAAAUCUCACUACAGUCCAGUAAUUAAAAUUACUGGCAGAUUGUUUUGGUUUAUGGUCAGUUGUAGGUUCGAUUUCCAUCACUCUCUUAGAAGAGAAGAGAUGGUUGGAUGCAUGAGUGAUCAUGUCUGUGACAUUAAUUCGUGAGUUAAUUUAUGCAUCAUUCUGAAAUGCCGGAAAUGGGAAUGGUCAUCAGAUACUAAACACUAGUUGUUGUUUUUUGCCCCUUUAUUACUUUUAUCUUAGCCUAUAAACGCAUCCAGCAGCAAUACCUACUGAUUGAAGGUAUUUCCAUUGAUCUUGUAUUAGCAAAGUUGGGGGUGAAAAUAAUAAAAAUAAUAAUAACAAAAGAAUUUUUGGACUUGAAAGAUGUCUCUUUCGCAGUGGCUGUCAACAACCAUUGAUGCAGACUGGAUUAUUAUUGUCAACUACAUGUAUUGACAAUUCAGAUCAGUUAUUGCUUGUUUCUUUCAGGUCAGUUCAUUGCUCUUAGCUGGGAAACCUUAGUUGAUUCUGGUAACUGUGCUGCUGUUCUUCCAACAGGUAUGAAAUGAAUUUACUGUACGCUUAAAAAGGUACAUUAUUCAUGAGUCAUUUGCAAUGUGUGAAGCACCUACUACUAGGAACAUCACUGCACUGUAGGGUUAAUAUUAAAAUAAAUUCAGGUUAAAACCUAUGAACCUAGAUAAUUAUCAAUUUCCUUAUGUCUUCUAGACCUGUGAUUAUUCAUGAAUAUGGUAUAGGAGAAAAAGUUUUUCAGAAUCAACUUAGGUUGGUCACAUUUCUCCCUGGACAGUAUGCUAGUUCAGCACAGGGUUAAAUGUAGCCUAUGUGGCAGGCGCUAGUUAGUUUUGGUUAGUUUUUAUAGAGGGCAUGAGAAGAACAUGUAAAGAGUAGAGGAGGUGUCUGGAGCAUAGGCCCUAGUGGCAUACUACAGUGGUAGUAUGCCAUUUGCUAAGAGCGCCUCUUUAGCGUUAGUCUUUCACCUCAAUGCCUUGUUUAAAAGAGUGAAACUUAGACUUCUAGAAAGUACUGCUCAUAAACAAUAUUUACAAAGAUUAUUGUCAGUUCCAGCGAAAAUGUACUGACCGACUGGGCCUCUUUGAUGUCAAGUAGUAGGGUGGCGUGCUGACUAUGGAUAAUAAUAAUUUGUUUAUCUUGUUAAUGCCAAGUAUGUACAGGAUUAUUAAGAAUACUUGUUUUUUUAUUUUUAUUUUCUAGGAGUAUUGAUUCUUUCUCUUGACAAAGACACCUAUGAACUCUUGGGUCUUACAGGGAAGGCAUCAGCCUUUCAAAAGAAACACAGAUUCAGUGAGUAUGGUUUUAAGUAGUAUCAUCAGGUUUAGGUUUGUUCUUUUUAUGUCAGUGCCCACAUUUAAGGUUACCAAAUUUGCACUGCUUCAUUUAACCACACCAGAUUUUUCUUUCCUUCUUUCCCAUUUCUUGCCAUUCUUGCACUGUAUUUCAGUGAGUAUGGUUUUAAGUAGUAUCAUCAGGUUUAGGUUUGUUCUUUUUAUGUCAGUGCCCACAUUUAAGGUUACCAAAUUUGCACUGCUUCAUUUAACCACACCAGAUUUUUCUUUCCUUCUUUCCCAUUUCUUGCCAUUCUUGCACUGUAUUUUCUUGGGCCUCCCUUUAAUAAUAUUAUUAUAAUUAUGUAAGUGUUUGAGGAAACAGGGGUAUAAUUAACAAUUAUUCCUCGAGCCCGAAUGGGCUUUGAGUCAAUAGCCCAUGUGGCUGAAGGCCGAAUGGGCUAUUGACUCAGAGGACAUGAGGGUGAGAGGAAUAAUUGUUUUAGUAAAAUCCAGUGUGCAAAGAAAGUAGUGUCCGAUAGCCGGGGGCUAGUGGAUUUUGCUAUCGGGCUAGUGAAUCCUGUUUUUAACUUGCCCAACGGGCAAGUGAUGUUUUUUGAGGAAUUCGAAUAACAGAAGAACUGUGAAAUCAAUUCUGCUCGUCAAAAAGUUUUUGGGGCUAGUUGAAAUGACGUCUGGGCUAGUAAAUGCUAGCUUCAGCUUGCCCGAAUGGCAAGCUGUAAAAAUGAUUUUCUUUGCACCCUGAAAAUCCAACUAGUUGGUCAAAAAUAUUGAGACAAAACAACCUUAGCUAGCAAAAUGCUAUUCAGCUGCCAUUGUUUUGGUUUUCAAAGCCAGCGCUUUUCGCUACUAAUGGGCUAUAACAUAUAGCCUACAGUCUUAGACAAAAAGUGUUAUGAAUUUUGCUCUUUCUUACACACAGGAGAGCCACCCUGCGAAUUUAGCACCAUGGUGACCCCUUCCCCCACCCCUCCCUGGUCAAUGUUGUUUGAUAGGCAGCAAAAAUGUUCGGGCCACACUUCAACAUUGUUUUUUGGGGCAAGAGGGGGGAGUAUCUUGAGUGAACCGGGCUUUAGAGGGAAGUAUUCUAAAAAUUAAUUAAACAUACAACGUGCAUUUUUCUUAACAUUUUUGUCCAAGAUUGUAGUUGUAGCUCAACCAAUCAGAACACAGUGUUGAUAAUAGACCACUAGUUGGAUUUUACUAAUAAAUAUUAUACUGGCUUAUUUCAAAGGUGGUUUACCACCAAACAGUCAGUUGAAGGGACACCUGAAAUAAAGCCUCAUUAAUAAAUUAUAGUUAUUAUGACUUCAAUUGUUGUCAGACCAACAAAACUGUAAAUACUAGAAAAUGUUUCUGGAAUGUUAUUGUAUCGCAAGAAAAGCCAUCAGGCAUGAGAAAACUAAACCGCAAGCAACAAUGUUAGUGGUUUUGUCGCUAGCUUGUGUGUUCUUUGUCAUAACAAAAUGCACAUUCCUGUUAUAAUAAUAUUUCAAGUGUUGAUGGUCUUGUUGAUUUGACUGUAACUACGUGUAUUGUAACUACGAGUUUCCCCUGACACUUGCAAUUUGUGCUGUAUAUCAUGGAAAUCAAAAUAAUGGAGGUGAUAUUACAUCAGAAGUUAUUUUGGGCCUUUUAGUCUUUAACUACAGUAUGUUUGAAGAUAUUUAAUAUACUAAUUAGAUAUUUGGCCUUAUUCAGUUGUAGAAGUUGACCUGGCAUCAUCAUAUUUUGUUCCUGGUAAGAAGCAGUAUGAGAGGGUGAGGUGGUGUCUAAAAGAUAACCAGCUUUUAACAUUCAAGUUUCUUAUGAGCUGGACAUGUGAAGGUUAGCAAAAUAGUGUAUAACAGUUUAUUAUGCACAGUAGUAACUAUAGGCGGUCAAUUUAUUCUUGCAGCCUAUACAACUAUGAUGAUAUUUUUUAGUUCAAUCUUUUUCCUCUAAAAUUUGUGUGAUAGGUCAAGGCAGUACUAAAAUAGUUUUCAUUGGAAUAUUGGAAUAAUCAUAGUUCAAGAGGCUAUUUAUUUGGCAGAAGAAGCUAAACUGAGAGGCGUAGAGAUACAGAUGAUCGUUAUGAUCAAGUGGAGGUUCCUUAUGGCUAUUAAAGUCAUCCCAGACAGUUCUUGUAUUUACAUGUACCAGAGAGAAGGAAAACUUUAAUUCAUGAAAGAAUCUGUCUUUGAAUUAACAAAAUAAUAUAAUGGUGAGAAACCAUGAUGGAAAAGUGAGAGCAGACCUGGUGUUCUCUCAGAAAAUGGUAUGCCAAAAAAUUAAUGUAGUGUGUGGCCUACAGGUUGUAAUAAAAAAAUGUAAAAAUAAUAUCAUGUGCAGGCAUGAUGUCUUCAGCUUUCUUUCAUUGUCAUGCUUGGAAAGCGGAUAAUAGUGUAAUUCACAGAUUAUAAUCUCUGUCGCUGGCUUCUUGACUAAAAUACACUUGUAAUGGGUUAUAUUUUACAAAAUAAUUUUUGUUACAGGGCGCACCUCAACAGAAAAACUUCAUGCAUUCUUCAGCUCAUACAAUUUUCAGAAGCUGGGUAAUGUGGAAGAUCUACAAAGUGUGCCCAAACACCAAAAAGUUCCUGUUAUCAACUACAGUAGGUCACAGUUCACAGAAGAGAGGUUGACUGCAGAAAACUUUGAUGUGUGCAGUUGCAUGUCUUUUUUUGAGUGGCUAGGCUGUGUUGCUUGUGGAAUUGAUUGGUAAGCUGGGUUGAACACAGAACUUAAUUACUCAGUUGGUCUUUGUGCUGGUCAGUACUCUGUAAGUAAAGGAGUACAAGGGUAUAAUUCCCAUAAUUUCAUGAAAUGUCACUCUGAUUCUGCCUUCAAUUUGAUUUCGAAAUAGGUAAAGCAUAAAUGUUAUUUAUUUAUGCAUUGUAAGUAGCUCUAGCUGGCCACUGGUGACCAUCUAACUAGUGACACAAAUCUAUUAAGUUUAUGUUUGUUUUCUAUGUUUUUCUGAAUCAAAGCGAGAACUUCCUGCAACUUAGGUACACUAGAUAGAAUGACUCCAAAGUAAUUUGAGGGUAAAGUUUUCUUCUCUGUUAAGGAAAGAAAUUAUAAUAUUGCCAGACUGAGCUAAUUCUAUCAGUUGAAUUCACAUUAAAUCUUUAGAACCUCUAGACAUGUCCUAGUCCAACUGAAUGCAUUAAAAUAAUUUAAUUUCAAAACCUCAAUUAUUUUCCCCACAACCUGGCAGACAAUCACGUAGCAAUAGUUGCUUUUAUUACUGGUAGGUGAAUUUUAUUGCCUCUUUUCAUAAAUUGCAGUAUAAAUUAUCUUUAAAAUGAAUUUAUUUUCUCAGUUCUAAGGCAGCAUCAGACAGCUUUGUGUCAACAUUAUCUUGUCCAGAGCCAUCACGAGACCUAACCCAGAUGAUGACUUGCCGUUGGACUGGAUUGAUAACAACCAGCUCUGUUUUAUCAUUGGUAAAUGCAGCACGGUAGGUUAAUAACCCUAAUUGGUCCCUCAACCCCUCCCACUCUUUUGGUUACAAGACAAAAUGUUAUAGAGAAAUAUAUUACCUUUGCUCUGGAAAUGACAUGAAAAUUGUCCUGUAAUUCCAAGUCUGCCUUAGAAUCUAACCAGAAUGCUUUGAAAUAUUGCAGCUUGUUUCUUUAUAGCUAACCCUUGCUCUAGCAUCAGAUAAUUGUGGUGGAUUGCUCAUGGCAGGAAUUAAAAGGCUUCAUGCAAACACUACCUCUUUAUAACUUGUUGAAACUUUAAUUUUCAAAAGUAAUGCAAAAAGUCACAGAAGUUGUGUCAUUUGGCUUUAUUUGCCUCAGAAGGGAAACAUGGAUUUUAGUUAUCUUGGAGAAAAAAUCUGUGGAAAAAGUGUUCACAAACUUUCGCAAAUCAGCUACAAUAGACCCCCUCCCACUCUCCUUCUCUUGUUGCUCUGUAUGAAACUAGGUCUUAAGCCCCAGUUCUGUUGUAGAUAAAAAGCUGUUCUUAUUCUAUGACAUUGCCUAAAAGUGGAGGGUAGAGGGCUGGUCCCUGCCAUUGUUCAAAGGUUUUCUUUGACUCCUUGAAGGUGGAGCUCACUCCCCUAUGAGACACCUAAUGGCAGUCCUAAACUAAUAAAAUGUUUAAAUUUUAUGAACUUUGUAGAUGAAGAAAUGCAGACUUGUCAGCUUUUUGCUUUUUCACACAGGUUCUAAAUAUUAAUAACAAUAUUAGAGUAUUUGAGAAAAUUGAAAAGGAAAAACAUUAAUUUUUAGUCAGAGUAGCGUGUAACAUCUGGACUUUUUUUUGACACAGAGAACUAGUUAAAUCCAGCUCCAUCCCUUGGGUAGCAGUUACUGUGUGGGGAUUUACUGACUGUCCAGUCACAUGGAAAAAGAAUGAACAUGGACACUUCCUUGGUGGAGAGAACUUUUACACUUUUGUUGUCUUUCCUGGCAGUAAUUACUGGCUCUACAAGGCUAUGGGUGACCAUGAUAUCUGCUCAUAGCAUGACACCAGUCUGUAAAAUGUUGGUUUACAUGUAGCAGUCAAUGAUGUGAUUGUUGGAUGGAGGAUGCUAUUUGUAAGAGGAGAAUGUCUAGCUAGAUAUACAGAAUGACCAGUUUUGGAAUAAUGUAAUGCAGUUAUGAAAAGCACCUAGCAAGGAUUUGUGGCCAAAGGAGUGGUUAGGAAUAGACUGGCAAUGAGGAAUUCAGAGUAGAUGAGUUUCACAUGCAGUGUCCUGUGUUGAGAAUAAAUUGCUAGUGUCCUGUCUGGAGUCUUUCCUAUCAUUGCCUGUUCCAUUACAACAUACAUGUGCAUCCCAGCACCUUUGCAUGCUACAUGCUGCUCCGUUCUCUCAAGAACAGGAAACCAGUGCAUGUGAGAAUUGCAGUUGUCUGAGUAAAAACACGCUCACUCACCUGAUUUGGCAAGUGCACAGUUUUUAAUGUGUUGAACAACUUUUAUUGUACUGUUACUACAACUGAUUAUAAUACGUUUUGACAGGUACAAAAGUCAAUUAAUAUUUUGCUCUUUUUCUUACACUCUGAUGCAUCUUGUCUCUUUUGUGGGCUGGAGAGUGAUAGAAAGAAAUUUCCAACCCUACACACUGUACAUUUAUUUAAAAGGAACGGAUUUGCCAUUGAAUUGUGAUGAAAACAGCGUGCGAGGGUUGAAGAUCAUAAAGUCAAUGUAUUAUUGCAGAAUCUUCUAUAAGUGCCUUAUAAAACAAAUUUUAAGGAUGCAAUGCUCUUGUGCCAAACUGACUUGCAGAAACAGAGGCAGAUUUGUGGUAAAAUUUAUGAUCAACCACCUCUGAGUUUAUGUUCUGAACUUGUUUAACUUAUUGCUAGGGGGUGUCAUGAAAUUUGCUCUUUUCUUGUGUAUGUUUGAUGUAACAUAGCAUUCCCUCCAACCCCUUUGAUUUUGUGUCAAUGGUGUUUCUGGCUUUGGUCAACCACUGCAUGAUGAAUGAACAAAAGCAUUAAGUUAG